AUGUUUGCUUGUCUACUCAUCACUUGGGGAAGCACACAAGAGAAAGAGAAAGAAACACAAACACAACACGCACUCUCUGUUGCGUUUUCCCAUCCAUCGCGCUCCCCUCCUUCGCUCGCUCCCCCCGCUCCGCUGCCUAGGGUUUGCGCCGAGCAGAUCCGGCCGGCGGCGCCGCCGCCGGACGAGCUGACCGGCCCCGCACGGGGCCGCAGCCCGACCGCCCCGACACCGGCCGCGAUCCGAUCCCGCUGCCGCCGAGGGAGGAUGUCUCCACCGCCGGCGUCACCCGCGCUGUCGGCGCAGAAGCUGACGACCAACGACGCCCUGGCCUACCUCAAGGCCGUCAAGGACAAGUUCCACGACAACCGCGCCAAGUACGACGAGUUCCUCGAGGUCAUGCGCGACUUCAAGAGCGCCAGGAUCGACACCGCGGGCGUCAUCAUCCGGGUGAAGACGCUCUUCAGCGGCUACCCGGAGCUCAUCCUCGGCUUCAACGCCUUCCUGCCCAAGGGCUUCGCCAUCAAGCUGCAGGACAUCGACGGCACCGGCGACAAGAAGCAGCCCGUCGACUUCAUGGAGGCCAUCAACUUCGUCAACAAGAUCAAGGCCAGGUUCCAGGCCCAGGACCACGUCUACAAGGCAUUCCUCGCCAUCCUCAACAUGUACCGCAUGCACAACAAGUCCAUCCAGGACGUAUACCAGGAGGUUGCCACGCUGUUCCACGACCACCCCGACCUGCUCGAGGAGUUCAAGCAUUUCUUGCCUGAUACGUCCAACGCUCCGCAAGUGCUGGCCGCUCCUAAAGCCGUCUCCGCCAAACAGGAAGCCCCGGCCGUGCCUUCUGCCAGUGCCAGGAAUGUGCAGAGCAUCAAGAGAGAGAGGCCUCAGCCAUCAACUGCUGAGCGUGACAGCAGUGUUGAUCGCCCUGAUCUCGAGCAUGACCCUGACAGAAAGCGUGUCGACAAGGAAAAGGAUCGUAAGAUCGACCGGGACAGAAAAGAUCAUGACAAGGAUGCUGAGUUUGAAAGCAAAGAUUUGGACGGAGGGCUACGCAAGCGCAAAGCUUUCUCAAAGAAGCUGGAGGGUGACACACACCAAGGGGCGGCAAGCAUCUCUGCUUCGUCGUACAAUGAUAAUGAUGCACUGAAAAGUACAUACACCCAAGAGUUCCUUUUCUGUGAGAAAGUCAAGGAGAAGCUAGAGCCUGAAGCUUACCAGGAGUUUUUGAAAUGCCUUCACAUAUACAGCCAGGAAAUAAUUACAAGAAGUGAAUUGAAAAAUCUGGUACAUGACAUACUUCAGCGCUACCCAGAGCUUAUGACUGGAUUUAGCGAGUUCUUGGAACAUUGUGAAAACAUAGAUGGUUUUCUGGAUGGAGUCAUCAAUAAAAGGCAAACAUCACGAACAGUCAAGGCAUUGGAAAAAGAGAGAGAUAAAGGGCGUGCAGGGGAGGAUAGGGAAAGAGAUGCUGAAAAACUGAGCGAAAAGGAACGAGAAAAGCUUGAUAAAGUGUCUGCGCUCAAUUCUAAGGAAGCCACUACCCACAAAGCUGCUGCGUUCUCUUCUACCAAAGAGAAGUACCUAUGCAAGCCAAUAUCAGAGCUUGACCUCUCAAACUGUCAGCGGUGCACUCCCAGUUACCGACUUUUGCCUAAAAAUUACCCCGUCCCUGCUUCAAGUUGCAGAACUGACCUUGGAAUCUCUGUGCUCAAUGAUCACUGGGUAUCAGUUACCUCAGGAAGCGAGGAUUAUUCAUUUAAACACAUGCGGAAGAAUCAGUAUGAAGAAAGCUUGUUUAGAUGCGAAGAUGACAGGUUUGAGUUGGACAUGCUGCUGGAAUCAGUUAAUGUGGCGAUUAAGCGUGUUGAGGAGUUGAUAGAAAAAAUGCAAGAAAAUUCAAUCAAACCAGACAGCCCUAUACGCAUCGAUGAACAUUUGACCUCUCUGAAUUUGAGGUGCAUAGAGCGGUUAUAUGGUGACCAUGGCCUUGAUGUCAUGGAUGUUCUUCGUAAAAAUGCGAGUGUGGCAUUACCAGUUAUUUUAACUAGGCUUAAGCAAAAGCAGGAGGAAUGGUCAAGGUGCAGGUCAGAUUUUAACAAGGUUUGGGCUGAAAUAUAUGCCAAGAAUUAUCACAAGUCCCUUGACCAUCGCAGUUUCUAUUUCAAACAACAAGAUUCGAAGAAUCUGAGCACAAGAGCUCUAUUGUCUGAGAUCAAAGAAAUUAAUGAGAAGAAAAGGAAGGAGGAUGAUGUGCUUCUUGCCAUUGCUGCUGGGAAUAGGCGGCCAAUAGUGCCCAAUAUGUCAUUUGAGUAUGUAGAUUCAGAAAUUCAUGAAGAUGUUUAUCAGAUCAUCAAGUACUCUUGUGGAGAGGUCUGCAGCUCUCCAGAUCAAGUUGACAAAGUGAUGAGAACCUGGACGACAUUUGUGGAACCUAUUUUGGGAGUUCAACCCCGAACUCCUGCCGUUGAAGAUGUAGGUGUGGUAAAAUCGAAGAGCCGAACCCCCACGACUGGUCUUGCAAGUGUAGGGGAAAGUAAUAAUGUAAUACCAAACGGCGCAGUCACUGUUAAGCAAGCCAAUGGAGAUGAAAGCAUUCCGAAGGAACAAGCACAAUCUUCUCGUGGUUUAUUGGCGAAUGGAGUUUCAGAAGAUGCUCAAAAUGGUUUCCAUGAUGCUGAUCGAACUGUCCGCAGAGGUGAGGGGCCAUCUAACACUUCAUUACAUCAGACAGAACAGAAUCAGCGGAGAACAAAUAUGGAGCUUACAUCAGGUACUAAUUCUUCUAGAGGUAAUUUCUCUGGAAGUGAGGCUGUUGUUGAAGCUAUGGGUGGCAAUGAAACAAUUCCAUCUAUAGGGAGAGGAGAAGCUGGGAGGCCAGGAUCUGUGCCUCAGAAGAAUUCAAAGGUUGAAAGAGAAGAGGGAGAAUUAUCUCCUAAUGGGGAUUUUGAAGAGGAGAAUUUUGGGCCUCUAGGAAAUGCAGCUGUAGACGGAGCUUCGAAGCCGAAAGAAGUUUCUGCUGGUAGAACUAGAGCAGCUGAGUUUGCUGGAGAGAAUGAUGCUGAUGCGGAUGAUGAAGGUGACGAAAGUGCCCAGAGAUCUACAGAAAGUGAAAAUGCAUCUGAGGCUGGCGAGGACGCUUCUGGUAGUGAAUCUGGUGACGGCGAGGAGUGUUCUCGGGAAGACAACGAGGACGAGGAGGAUGCUGAUCAUGAUGAUCCUGAUGCUAAGGUUGAAAGUGAGGGUGAGGCAGAGGGAAACACAGGCGCACAUGAUGCCGAUGGAGGGAUGUCACUACCCUUUUCAGAGCGUUUGCAUAAUACAGUUAGACCACUCGCCAAGCAUGUCCCCACAGCAUUGCAGGAUCAUGGUGGGAAAUUUUCACGCAUAUUUUAUGGAAAUGAUUCAUUUUAUGUUCUGUUCAGGCUACACCAGAUCUUAUACGAGAGGCUAUUAUCAGCCAAGACAAACUCUUCUACAGCUGAAAAGAAGUGGAGAACUUCCAAGGAUACGAGCUCCCCACACCAAUACUCAAAGUUUAUGGGUGCACUUUAUAACUUGAUUGAUGGCUCUUCUGACAACACCAAAUUCGAGGACGACUGCCGUUCAAUCAUCGGGACUCAGUCCUAUGUUCUUUUUACAUUAGAUAAGCUGAUAUACAAAGUUGUGAAGCAGCUUCAAGCAAUAGCAGCUGAUGAAAUGGAUAACAAGCUCCUCCAGCUUUAUAUAUAUGAGAAGUCCAGGUCUCCUGGAAGGUUCUUUGAUCUAGUUUACCAUGAAAAUGCUCGGGUUCUUCUCCAUGACGAGAGCAUAUAUCGAUUUGAACGGCGCUCAAAUCCUACGAGAUUAUCUGUUCAGCUCAUGGAGUAUGGGCAUGAAAAGCCUGAAGUAACUGCAGUCUCAAUUGAUCCAAACUUUUCGUCAUAUCUUCAUGACGAGUACUUGUCGAGUAUUUCGGAUUCAAAGGUGUCUGAAGAUGUGUUCCUUGAGAGGAAUAAGCGGAAACGCGGGAGCAGCAAUGGUCCUCAAGCUUCCUUAGCGGUCAUGGAUGGUUUCAAGGUCGCGAAUGGCCUUGAAUGCAAGAUAACCUGCAAAUCCUCAAAGGUUUCAUAUGUCCUUGAUACAGAAGACUUUUUAUUCCGUAUGAGGAACAGGAGGAGAAUCUCAUCUGGUGCAACCGCCGCACCUGGCAAGGCCGAUUUUGUCAAGGCAGCUGAUGUCGUGAAAGCACAGCGGUUUCAUAAAUUUCUUCUUUCUAGGUCCUAG